AUGGUUCAACGUCGACGCAGCAAAACCGUUUGGAAAAGAUGCGAGAUGCAGCCCAACUUCCCAUCAACACAAUCCGCUUCUCGUUUCCAGCGACGAGCUUUUUCUGAGACUGUUGAUCGAGAGCCUAUUGAAUCGAAAUAUCCAUCGUACCCGAGUUGGGAUUCAUUUCAUCCACUUGAGAUGAAUGAUGAGAUCGAAAUGGUACAAGAUGAUGAGCAAAUCUCGUGGAACAGUGAAAGGAGUCGAGUCUGGGAUGAGAACAGAGGGAAAUUCGCGGAAAGACAAAACAAGAGGAUUUUCGUGAAUACGAAAUGGAAAAGAGAGCAUUGGAUUGGUGGAUAUGGAUAUUGGAGGUGCGAUGAUGGGGGUGAUGGGUGGGAGAAUCGAGACGAGGAGGAGGAUCACGGGGAACAGAGGGAUUUUCUG